AUGCCUGCUCCCUUCAUGGUGUCUACCAUAGAUGCGAGCUUGUAUUUGUUCCAUCAUGUUUUCUUUCCAUCCAAGCUCCCUCAGGGGGAUGACUACGACACCAACUGUGAGCUUAUCCUUAUUGACUCUGUGAUACAUUCCUUGAAAGAGUUCAGGACCCUCGUGCCCAAGCAUCAUCGCCAGGUGGUGGACCCAGUCAUCGCAAUGGUCGCUCGCCUGAGAGGAAUUCACGGAUCCCACGGUGACAUGAGCGAAGGAAGACUCAAGGAGGCUUUUCAGAAGCUGGACGAUGAAGGAGGCAUAUUGCCUAUUCACGUCCGCUGCCAGAACGCCGCUAUCCUGAUGACCAGGGACGAGAAGGUGAUAUAUGUGGAGGUCUUUGAGUUGUCUCCUCAGAACGAAGCGGUCUAUUCAACAGCUGGUCGUUUGCAACGUCAGUUUCCUGGACCGUCUUUCAUGCUGGACCGGGCCACCUUCAAUGCUCCAGGUUUUCAGGAUACUCUCGCGAACACACUCUACACAAUGAGCCACCAGUCUGCCCCUGGAACCAAAUCAAGGGUAAAAAAAGCUGGUCAGGAGCACGAUGAAGAAAGGGAUACAACCGAUCCGAAGAUGGUGACAGAGUUCUUAGUGGCCUUCCUGCGUCCCUACGCCACCAUAUUUGACGGUCUGCAAAUCCAGAAGAAUACCCGUGAAGAGGUGCUCUGGCUCGACACCAGGCUUCCCUGGCGGCGGUCCCCUUUGUGGCUCCUUGUCCGUGUGGCUCUUCAGCUGAACCUUCAAAGGCUAUGCCGUCGUCAUGAGAUAUCAGAUGAUAUUUACAAGCACUACAUGGUGUAUUACAUGGGUUCAGUUCUGAACGUUUGUCUUGAAGAAGCCAUGUCAGACGAACAGUAUUAUGUCAUGACAGCGAAAAUCGCCCGUCGAUUGUGCAAGCUUGAUUUAUCACACCUUCCUGCAUGGUUUCCGUUCGUUCAAACUGUCCUCAAAAAGGCGAACCGUUCCAUCCAAAAAAGCUGGGGCGAAAUCAUAGACCAGACUGGUUCUCGGCUUGGUAAAGAAUAUCCGGGGAAGCUGAACUUUGAAGAGGAUGUUUACCACUCGCUGCCUGACCUUGAUAAGUGGCUUGAAGGCCUUGAAGAGCGACGACAUUGCUUAAGUUCGGCUGAUUUCCAACCACGUACGGACUUAUUGGAAUUCGAUAAGGCAAAAUUACCGUUACCUCUUCGGACUGACGACACUGACUACAAUCUCCUGAAUCUUGCAGCCUUCGAAGACUGGGUUGAGUUCAACCUUGACAGUUGGCUUCAGGUGCACAUCAGCGAUGAAGACACCUGCCAGCAGUUGCACGAUUUGAUCAAGAAUUAUUAUCAUGUUGCAUUCCCUCAGUACUCUUCCAACCCAGAAGCAGUAUCAGUUAUGCUGCUUACUAUCCUAGAGCUGUGGAUUGCUUGCGACAAAUCGGCUGUUAUACUUCACCCGUUACUUAGUGACUACGAUACUUGCGUCCCGAUGGAACUAUUCGAGGUGCUUUUGUUACCAUAUCGAUCCCAGAUGGAGAGACUGGCUCGUGCAGAAGACUAUAUGGAGCAACGUCGACAGCGCCUUCGCUUUCCUGAAUCUUCCAUCUUUGAAGAUUUUGGCACGCGGUCCUGCUUUUCUGUCAGAUUUUUCGAUAAGUCCAUUGAGCACCAGGAUUUACUAGCCGAGAUAGAAGAUCACGCUGAACGUGAGAGGACGAAGAAAAAGCUUGAGCUGCGCCAAAAGCAUCAGAGGUACCAGGAACUCUACGCCCUCGCCGGUCAGAGGGAAUGCACGUAUUAUGAAGUUAUCCCUGACUCACGAUUCGAUCAUACAGAAUCGCGCCACAGUCCUAAUUGCCAACGCUGUGCGUACACCAGAGAGGCAGAUUCAAUCCAAAUUGGUAUCCACGAAUGGCCCUUACCUACAAAUCCUCUGAAAGCAAAGACUACGGUGUUUGAGUUGAACGUUCCUCAACCUUUUGCAUCAUGGCGCGACACGACAGUAUUCUUCCUUCUCAACGUUUUGCAGCUGGAUUAUUCUUCUAAGGGUAACCCGCGGGCUAGGCAUCAACCUAAAGAUUAUAGUGGUCUGUCAGCCUUUUUCGCGUCAACCAACUAUUCCCGGAGAAUUGGCCUCCUCUCAGAGGUCAAGCCUCAUGUCAAGACACACAGAUAUAAGAAGAAGAUUAUCGAUGUAACUGAAAGUGAUGUCUGCCUAGCGAACGGGUUGGUCCUUCGCUACUUCGACCACGGAACCGAUUGUUUCGUCACUCAAUUCAUGGCCACCAACAAAACCGCAUCCUCGUGCACUUACAAGUUGCCGAGACGUAGCUCAGACUUACAGAUGUUUCUAUUCCGGCCAGCACAUAGCAGAAACGGGCCUUCACCUAACACUGUUAUUGGGUCACAGGAUAGUUGCCCGCUUGAUAUCUCGUUAGAGGAGUAUAAGGCACUUUGUUCGAUGCCGCUCGGCGUAGAAAUACAGUGGCAAAACAUCCUACGGCAGCUGGCUAUGCCGUCUGUCGUAUUCAAGAAGGACGAGACUUGCUUCUUCAUCCUACAGAUUAUCCGCCAAGCUGGAACGUCAACCAAGGACUCUGUUCUGCGAGCAGGGCACGUCAUCCUAGAUGAUGAUAGGUUUACAACUGCCCUGCUGGGUGAGAUCAACAAUACUGCAGCUAGAAUCAAAGAAAAUUGGGAGUCAGCACAGGAGCUCGGCGUACUGGUGAUUCUCACGCAAAGAAUUCUAGCCCUUUCAGCCUCUACCGAGGUUCGAGAUCUAUGUCGGGCACAGCUCUCAAGUCUCCGUACCGCAAGCUUUAAGUUGAUCACACUUGUCAGGGAACAAGCGGGCCAUUCGGACACUGAUAGGCACCGGAACGAUUUGAUCGCACGGGCAACUUACCUCGCACUGAUCUGCGUCACCACCUUUGAUGCUGAAAGUCCUGUUGUGCAGCAAAUCCUAGAGGAUGAGCUGAACGCCUCAGUUUGGAUCCAAUGCUGUAUGAUGAUCCACGACAGAAAGGGCCUUCUCGACAUGACUGCUGGUUCUUUGUCGCAGAUCCUAUACCAUCGUUGGCAGAUCGUCUCUUACCGCUGCUACCGUGACCUGGCACACAACAUAGUCCAUAAGAAGUGUCCAGCAAUGGAUCUCGCCAUUAGGGAGGCAUGGGCUGCCUACCAUCCAGAGUUCCCUUGGUCAGUUGCUCCUGGGGGUGGUAACCACUGGUUAGUAACUGGUGACCAGAGCCUGCAGGUGCAUUACAAUGUGCUUACUGGCGAACUACUCAUCAACGGCCAACCAUUGGCACGACUACCCGCAGAGUAUGAGCGCCACAGAACAUACAGGACUCUAUUUGGGCAAUCCGCUAUGGAUGUAAUGCCCAGUGGAAUCCCAGGGAUGCGUUUCUCUGGACAGAGGAAGCAUAUGAGGCAAACAAUACAUCUGGGGAAAGAAUCAGCUCCUGGUUUGAAUGGGUUUGACCUCUGCGUUCGGACAAUCAAUGAGGACGACCAGGCCCGAGAAUUCGUACCGUUCAGACUUCUCGAUGGCGCUCUUCCGGUUGACUUCGUUCAGAAUUACGCCCACUGGUAUGAUGUUGAUGGCGGGUACGUGGAAUUCUGCCCAGUGAAGGAACCCUGGCAAUCAUCAAGCUCCCACUGGCGCUUGGAACGAAAACGCCCUGGACAAAACGGCUGGUGUCUUGUGAAUGGCGCAAUUUCUUUGGUCAAUAAUUGGAGUUAUACGGCUAAAUUUCUUUCCAGCAUUUUGCAACCGAUUGAGGAACCUUCGAGAGUGCAUUACAAGUUCCAUACCUCAACGUCCUCGCUAGAAAUUGAUGUUCCCCGCCUCAGGUUGAGCUUUACUCUCCAGUCAGGGGAUUCAGUGAUUCGAUCUCGUCAAUAUCGGGGCAUGUUUAUUGAUCCGGAUCAGUCACUGGGUACUCUCAUUGGCUUGCGGAGUAAACUUGUCCUUCUCCAUGAGAACGACAACAGCCGAAAGGUUCUCAUUCCUGAUGGUGCUGUAAAUUGGGCAAGAGAUGGAAAACAUGUUGCUGUGAACAUUGGGUGGCAGCACGGCUCUAAACUUCAUGUAUAUUCGGUGGAUAACCAACUUGGUCGCUUGGUUGACAACGGGAGUCUGCAUAGCAAACUCAUGCUAUGCUACCUACAUGCUGUCACAUCGUUCUGCCUGCCAGAUGUAUUGACUAAGAAGACAGGUACCGAACAGGCUCUGUCUGUCCUUCGUUCAGCAUCGAUGCGGUCUUUCAUCCAACUGGCAGAAGACGAAAUUUCACUUCUGGUUAAUAUUGCACGCCUGACCACUGUGAGACAGUACUAUCCGGACAAUGAACGCGUGAUGCAAAGCAUUGGAUGGCAGAAUCUGGGCUCUUUGGCCCACCAUGAUGAAUUUCGUGAGCAGGUUCAGGCUAUACUUGACCAGGACAGCACUAUGAGGAUGUUCUACCCGCACUCAAAGCGAUAUGGGGCCAUUCUACCGUUUUCCAACCAUGAUCUCCUGCAACGUAAUCGAAUUAGAUCAUCGGUAUUCCGUAUCACUGGCUUUGGAGCGGAGGAUCAUACAACAGCCUUUGAUGUCCAGUAUACGGAACGUGGUCGGAAUUAUCAAUCAGAGGAUUUCUCCCGCGUGUUUUGUCUGUGCAAAACCAUCCAUGAGGGAACCUUUCAUUCAGCCCUGCUAAUAGACCACCAGCAUCGGCUCUCAGAGAUUUGGAAAUUUCUCUGUCAGUCAGACGAGGUUUACGGCCCCGAUGUGGUGGUCGAUAAGGAAAGGCUCAAGUAUGAUGCAACCUGGUUAUUGAACCCAGUCGACUUCGUCUCGGCUCAUUGGUGCAGCAUCCAUGAGGUACUUCGCCAAGGGCCUGCUCAACUAAACAGAUAUCAGGUCAUGAUCUGGGUCUCAGCGAUGGCAUUUUCCAAUAAGAUUCCAAUGGCUGUGCUGGAGACUUUUGCUGCCUUCUAUGUUAUACGGGCCAUGGACUGCUGUAGGCCGCCACCCAGAAGCUCAUUCCAGCCAACCAAAGGGUAUGUGCUAAAUGAAACCGUACUUAAGUGCCAGAUGCAGUCAGUCCUGCGGGAUGAAACGCCAGAGUCAUCACUUGUUCCCAAAAAAAAAGAGACUUAUCGCGCGUUCAGGCGACGCAUCGAACAAGAGAGAUUGAAGAAUAGGGCACAAGCGCUCAACAGCCUAAUCGCGCGCUUGCGUUCCCAAUGGCCAACGGCAGCACCCGUAACUCCCAGUAGCCAGGAAGUUCCAAGUUGCGAUGAUUAUUACCACAUGCAGCAAGCUAUGGCCAUGGUACACAGAUGCUUUUCUGAAUGGUUUAACAAUAGAGAACUCCGAGAGUACUUAACUAUGGUCACUUCUGUGAUUUCCAGUCAACAUGUCCAGAUCAUGGCAGUGCCCUCGCCACAGUUCUCUACACCAGCCGUUCCUCUUCUGCGAAAACGCGGGUUUAUCUCCAUUGAAGACGUGCUCGAUCAGUCUCUUGGCGCGCCACCAGUUCUGCCGACAAAGCCGCCAGGUUUAAUGGACCUAUUGUAUGUUGAUUCCACACCCAUAGGGCCUGCACCGCGUCUUGUACCACUGAUUACGGCAUUGGGCUCACAAGCAAGGUCCGGCUAUGAAAGCCGAUACGUCGAACAGCUCCGGGACAGCGCCAAGUCACUCCAAGGCAUCAGGCAGGCGGAUCAGGUUACCUUACCGGAAGAGGAGCUAAGAAACGUCAUCAAUGGUUAUCUCACGCGCUGUGAGGAGCAUUACAAGGAGAUGCAUAGAGCUAUAUUUGCGAGGAUGACAUUUUCCGGUGUGGGAUCUAAAGAAAACCCGGUUUAUCUUGCCACUUUGAAGACAAUAAUCACUAUCGACAUGGGUCCAAGGUUCUCGACAGAGCUCUUCCUUCAACAACUGACGCGAAAGAAGUGGAAUCAGAUCUCCCCGCGCUGGAAAGCCUGCUUCAUAGCCUACGGGAUUUCCAUCACGGCCUUCCAGCGAGCUAAGCGGCUGGUUAGCCUGGUCGGUCAUCGAGAAGAACUGGUCCGGGAGCUCCAAACUCCGGGGCACUCUAACUGGGAUCCCUACGAAUUUCCAGAGUCGCUGUUACUGGAGAUUGAGAAUGGAAUCCUGAUCAGGGAUGUCCAGGAGCAAAUUGCCCGACAGUUAAGGAACAUACAGCCCGGGCAUAACGCCGUGAUGCAGCUUAACAUGGGCGAGGGCAAGUCAUCAGUCAUUGUUCCUAUCGUAGUCACUGCGCUUGCAAAUGGCUCAUGUCUGGUCUAUGUGCUCGUCCCAAAGCCACAAUCUCGCCAGAUGUUUCAAAUGUUAGUUUCCAAGCUCGGUGGACUGCUGGGACGCCGCGUAUACUGCUUGCCCGUAACACGCUCACUCAGCAUAGGUGAGAAAGAAGCAUCAGAGAUGGAGAGUAUGUGUUUGGAAUGCAUGGAGAAUGGUGGUGUCCUACUAGUUCAGCCUGAACACAUACUGUCAUUGAAGCUUAUGUGUCAAGAGUGCUUUCUCACUGGGAGAGACGCAGUUGGCCGUCGUCUGCAGAGAAUACUUCAACUCUUUCGGAAGUCCUCGCGUGCUGUGGUAGAUGAAAGUGAUGAAAACUUCAGCGUCAAGUUUGAGUUGAUUUAUACCAUGGGUUCUCAACGCGCCUUGGAGCUCAGUCCGCAGAGAUGGACCCUAAUCCAAAAGCUACUUGGUCUAGUACAGAGAUUUGCCCCAGCUGUCAAAGCCAAGUUUCCUCUCUCGAUUGAGAUCCAUGGUCAACAACAGGGGCGCUUCCCUCGAAUACGGCUACUCCACGAAAAUGCGGCAGUGGAUCUGUUAAGGCAGAUUGCUAAUCACAUAUGCAACAACGGCAUUGAGUCGCUGCCUAUAUCCAGGCAGCCAGAGGCGACGAGAAGGGCAAUUCUCUCCUACAUUGUCAAUAUCGAACUGUCAGCCGAGGAAAUUGCUGCCGUUGAAGGUGACAGUGCGGCCAGCUUUUGGACCACCAGUACCAAGGAACCCCUUCUUCUGUUGAGGGGCCUCCUUGCUGGUGGCGUUCUAACUUCCUGCCUCAGUCAGAAAAGAUGGAGGGUCAAUUAUGGUCCUGAUGGCUCCAGGAAACCGCGAACAAAGCUUUCUGUUCCGUACCGUGCCAAAGACAACCCAGCGCCACGGUCUGAAUUCAGUCAUCCUGAUGUUGUUAUCGUAUUGACGUGCUUGAGCUAUUACUACGCUGGGCUCAGUAAUGAAGAUCUAGUCGCAGCCUUCCAUCAUUUACUCAAGUCUGACCAGGCCGACACAGAGUACCAGGCUUGGGUAGAUGAUGCACCUGACCUGUCGGAUGCAUACCGCCAGUUAGGUGGUAUAAACCUCCAAGACCGACAUCUGUGUGUAGAGCGGGUUUUCCCAAGAUUGCGAUUCUCUAAAGGGGCCAUCGACUAUCUACUCGCUCAUCUUGUUUUUCCUAAGGAGAUGAAAGAAUUCCCAUACAAGAUAUCCGCGUCGGGAUGGGAUAUCGGCGAGAUCAACUCACUUCCAACUGCAGGCUUCAGUGGAACAAACGAUUCUCGGGUCACGCUUCCCUUGAGGGUAACGCAACUCGACCUCCCUGAGCAAAAUCACACCAAUGCUCUGGUGCUUGAAUACCUCCUACGACCGGAGAACUCGGUUGUCCCUAUUUCAGCGCGCAAUGAAAGGGAGCCCAAAUCAGACGCGGAAAUUCUGCUUGACCUGGUUGUGAGUCUGAAUCCACGCACACAAGUUGUUCUUGACGUGGGUGCCCAGAUACUGGAGUUGACAAACCUCGAGGUGGCUAAGACCUGGUUGAAAAUGGCCCCUGACGAGGAACGGGCACAAGCCGUUGUUUAUGUCAGUGACGCUGACGAGCUCUGCGUUGUUGACCGCACUGGGCUCGUCGAACCGCUGCAAAUCUCGCCCUUUGCAAAGCAGCUGGAGGCGUGCCUUGUGUUCCUAGAUGAGGCCCAUACAAGAGGUAUUGAUUUGAAACUGCCUCAGCACUAUAGAGCUGCUGUAACUCUUGGAGCAGGUCUAACAAAAGACAAACUAGUGCAAGCAUGCAUGAGGAUGAGGAAAUUGGGAAAGGGGCAGUCUGUUGUUUUCUGCGUCCCUCAGGAGAUCGAAACGAAGAUCCUCUCCAUCGUUGAAAAACCCAGCGGGCACGACAUCAAUGUAUCAGACGUGCUCCGAUGGGCGAUCUCUGAGACGUGGGCCGAUAUGCAGCGUACUAUACCGUUAUGGGCAAUCCAGGGAGAACGUUUUGAGCGCCAAAGCAAUCUAUGGAACAGGGCCCGUCGUGAUGGUGAGACUCAGAUGACUCAAACCCUAGCAGAGGAAUUUCUUGAACCAGAAUCCCAGUCCAUCGAACAGCGAUAUAGGCCCCAUUCUGACCAAGACACGCCGCCGUUUACCCUAUCCAAUAAUGACGACAAUGACAACAUCCGUCUUAUCCGAGAGAGGUGCCGCGAGUUCAAAGACAUAAACUUCCAAUCCACACAACUACAGGAAGAACAGGAACGGCAACUGGCGCCAGAAGUUGAGCAGGAACGACAGGUCCAAAGGCCACCUGCAGCGACCCCAGAGGAUCACUUUAUUCACCCCGACUUGCGUUACUUUGUGGCAACUGGAAUAUUAAAGGAAGGAUCAAACGCAUUCAUGCCCGCGUUUCAGGCGCUGGACGAUACUUCAGCGGCGAAUUACUUGAACGUGUCCGAGUUUGCCGAGCACUCGGACGUGCCUGAGCCCACCUCCGGCCUGCUUGUCACAGGGGAUUUCGUCCGGACAGUUCGGGUACCCAAGUCACCGUCAUCGACCAUGGACGAUUACCAACGUCCCGUCCAAUGGGUGCUCACAGGCAUCGCCCGUCCUUCCUCCGAAGGGGGUAGAAAGACUGUGAAGCACAUGAUAGUCAUAAGCCCUUAUGAAGCAAACGAACUUCACUCUGAGAUUUUGAAGUCCAAGACGGUCAUGAUACAUUUAUAUGCGCCGCGUCAGAACAGCAACUUCUCGGCCCUCGAUAAACUCGACCUAUACACUGUACCGCAGGCGGAUUGUGCUGUUUUGGACAUACCAGCCGCGGUUAGGAUACAGCUGAAUCUCUUUGCGGGUCAGCUCUAUAUCUCCUCUAUUGGCGAAUAUCAUGAGAUAUGCAACUUUCUUGGAAUCGCAUAUUACGCUGCACCAGAGGGUCUGAGCCUGGCCCCAGACGGAUUUAUACUGACACCUAACAAGACUAAGUUCACCAAAAGUCCGCUUAAGUUCCUGAAGGUACUCAUGUCGCAAAUUAGAAAGGACGGACAAGAGAUUGACAAAACACACAUUGGGAAGUUGUUGGAUGGGAAGUUGUUGACCCUGACUGAUUUUGAAGGUUGA